AUGUCACCCAUAAGCCAAUUGAGAAAAUGGUUCUUUGGCAGCCGCAAGCUCAAAAUCCAGAUUGUGGGCCUAUCCGGAAAAACCGAGAUGCUGUACACCUUUAAGAACGCCGUCAACCCAGGCGAUGGCUGCUCGCGUUUCUCGAAGCACAACUAUGUUUCGCACUUGAUGGGGCCAGAAACACUGGUCUGGUUUAUCCAUGACUGCACUGUGGAUGUGGAUGCGAUGUACCUUCUGGAAUUUGUUGACACAAUGAAAUCCAAGGGCGCUAAGUACAUCUGGGUUCUGCUUAGCAAACAGGACCUGCUCCCGCAAGAAGGUCGCGAGAAGACCGUCGGACAACACCGACAGAAACUCGAAGACGUCCUCGAGAAGCAUGCGAGGCCGGCAGGAAUCGCAUGGUUCAUUGUCGAUGAGCCGGGCUUCAACGUCAAGACACCAAGCUACGUCCUCUCCUUUGUCAAAAGCGUGACGCAGACCGUCGUCCAGCUGGACAAGGAGCCGGAGCUGAAGUACAAAAAGCAGAAGAGCGAGGCCCUAUCGAGCAAGCCCACGGAAAAGGAGCUUCGCGACAAGAUCAUCACGUCAGAGAUCAAGAGCGGUGAUGAGUUCUGGCAAGCCUUCUUGUCUGCGGACAUAACGAGCUGGAGUCAUCUUGACCAUCUUCAGGCUGGCUAUCUUGUCAUGUUGGAGUCUAUUGAGCAUGGUCAUGGUCUACUCAGAUGUGCUACCACCUUUCUUGAACAUCUCACACGCCUCCGGGAGGCUCGUCCAGAUGUUUUCCGAAACUCGGCCCACUUCACUAUGACGGCCUUCUGGAUCCUGCAGCUUCGUCUCGCCACGUUCAACUUCCAGUACGACCUUCACGACGGAGCACCCCCGUCAAAAAAUGAUUUCCGGUCAAUCCUUCUGCACACACCUUCUCUCCUCUACGGCCAACUCUGGGCAUUCUAUUACACCAAAGAUGUUCUCUUCUCAGCUGAUGCCCGCACAAAUUUCGCCAUGCCAGAUAUCAAGCCAUUUCCCCAAGUGACCAGGCCUAUGGUCACCGCCUGGGCUGAGGGCAAGGACGAAACGCAAGCCUACGAGGACUUGGAGGCCCUAAAAGGCCCUUUCACAGGUCCAGAGCGUGUUCCACGAUGGGCUUUUGAGCUGAUUCGGAACGUCUUGCGCAAUGACCUUCGUCGCGGAAAGGCCCUGAAAGAGGGUCUGGAAGAGCUACAGGCUGACACCGUCAGGCUGCGUAGCCUCCAUCCUGAACUGCUGGCAUCUGGGGACAUGCCUCCGUACUCGGAGACACAGGCGUACUUUUGGGCCCAGCUGAUCCAUAUAAAAUUGCGAACCCUCUUGGACGAGCCUCGCAAAGAUGACGCGUCUGCGACUUCUGAUGGGACUAGAUAUGACGACCUUUCUUAUGAAGAAUUCAAGGAAAUGAGCGGUUUCACUGGUCUAGAGUGGAAAGAAUACUACAGCCGGGACGUCUGGGAGAGCGUCGAGGCGAGGAUUGCAUUUGUCAAUCCUGACAAAAAGCCACUGCUGGAUGUUCUCAAGGUGUCCUGA